AUGGAAGGACAAACAUUACUUUUUAGCCAACAACAUCCAUUUGGAACACCCGCCGCUCCCCUCUAUUCAUCAUAUCAUACACCACCGUAUUCCGUGAAUACGGCUAGCAGUUCAUGGCCAGAAUAUACAUAUCAUUAUACAAGUAGUAUGAGUGAGGAUGUUUUACAAAUGCAACAGCAACAACAGUUGAGAUUUCCCACACCACCAAUAACACCACCCAGAAAUUUGCACCCAACUGUCACACAAUCUCAACGAAAAGAAGAUUUAUCAGAAGCAGAAAAACCCACUGCGAAAGAACCACACCAGCCAUUUCCCCAACUGACUCCCCAGCGUACACAAUCGGUCAUCAUGAAAAUUGGUCACGAUCAAAGUCCACAUCACCUGCCAGCUGAAACAUAUAAUGACCACCUAGAUCAUCACAUUGAGGAUAAUCAUAACCAAAACCACCACGAUACCCCGAGUAGUGGCACAUCGUCACCAAGUUCCACCAACGAUUUUAUAUGCGAUUGGAUAGAUUGUGGAAGAUGUUUUGAAAGUUUAGAAUUUUUGGCCAUUCACGUUACGCAAAUACAUGCGGUUGCCUCACUAACAGAUGGCCUCUACUACUGCCGUUGGUCGGGCUGUCAUCGCACACAACGCGGUUUCAAUGCACGCUACAAAAUGUUGGUUCAUGUUCGAACCCAUACCAAGGAGAAACCACAUCAAUGCCACCUGUGUGAUAAACGCUUCAGCCGAGCUGAAAAUCUAAAGAUCCACAUACGCUCCCAUUCGGGAGAAAAACCAUAUAUCUGCACAUUUGAAGGCUGCAAUAAGGCCUACUCGAAUUCAUCGGAUCGUUUCAAGCACACACGCACCCACUCAAUGGAAAAGCCAUACAUGUGUAAGGUGCCAGGAUGUCAGAAACGUUAUACUGACCCAUCUUCGCUGAGAAAACAUGUCAAAACCUUCAAGCAUUCAGUGCAAAUAAUGGAUUCUAAAACAACAACAACACCUCCACCAUCAGCACAACAGCUAUCGUCAGCCUCGUAUAUACAGCAGUCCCAAUAUCACAAUUUACAACAGCGCAAUAGUUUAGAUGAAUCUCGGUUCUCUCCUUUGGAGCAAAAUGACAGCCACUACCCUCCUUCAUAUCAUUUAAUAAUGACUGCAGCCCCCACAGCUGCUUCAGCUGGACCAGAUUCAUUUUGUAUGGCCAUGGAAGAGAUGUGCCACAUCAGAGCUACCUUGGAUUGUUAUAAAACCAAUUCAACCAACACCGAUGCUGACAACUAUUGGCUACACGAUGAACCUGACUCAAAAUCGUCACACUUCCACACGCAGUUCCACCACUCGUCUUUGGCAAGUGGCCCGGAAUUGACGUUGGAUUUAACAACAACGGACAAACCACUGGAUUUAACCAUAAAACGUUUUUCGUCUUGA